UUGACCAUGCGCGGGUUAAACCACGUGCUCGGAAGUUCCGAUUGAAGACGACAUGUGCGCGAAGUAGCGGUGAAAACAGAAAAAGGCAUUGUGAAUUAAAGAACUAGUUCAAAAUUGAAAAUGGCUGACGAAAUGGAAGCUACACCAAGUACCACCAGUCCUGAAAAACCAGAGGCUGCAAACAAUCCCGAUGAUAUGACGUCUAAGGACUAUUAUUUUGAUUCCUAUGCACAUUUUGGAAUCCAUGAGGAGAUGUUGAAAGAUGAAGUAAGAACACUAACGUACAGAAACUCAAUGUAUUACAAUAAACAUUUAUUCAAAGAUAAAAUAGUUUUAGAUGUUGGCUGUGGCACUGGCAUUCUGAGUAUGUUUGCUGCAAAAGCUGGAGCCAAGAAAGUCAUUGGAAUUGAAUGCUCAAGUAUUAUAGACUAUGCUAAGAAAAUAAUAAUUGACAACAAAUUCGAGAACACCAUAACACUCGUAAAAGGUAAAGUUGAAGAAGUUGUUCUGCCCGAUGGUAUCGAACAUGUUGAUAUUAUUAUCAGUGAGUGGAUGGGCUAUUGUCUUUUCUACGAAUCCAUGUUGAAUACCGUUAUUCACGCAAGAGAUAAGUGGUUGGCCCCUGGGGGUUUAAUCUUUCCAGACAGAGCUACGCUGUACGUCUGCGGAAUCGAAGAUCGUCAGUAUAAGGAUGAGAAGAUCAACUGGUGGGAUAACGUCUAUGGAUUCGACAUGAGUAUUAUUCGAGGAGUUGCCAUAAACGAACCCCUGGUAGAUGUCGUAGACCCGAAGCAAGUCGUGACCAAUUCAUGCCUCGUGAAGGAAGUUGAUAUCUACACCGUCAAAGUAGAGGAUAUGGUUUUCAACACGCCUUUCCAUCUCCAAUGUCGAAGAAGUGAUUACUUACAUGCUCUUGUCACAUUUUUCAAUAUUGAAUUUACUAAGUCGCACAAAAGGACUGGAUUUUCAACAGCACCUGAAGCACCAUACACUCACUGGAAGCAGACAGUGUUUUAUCUAGGAGAUAAUGAUUUAACCAUUAAAAAGGGCGAAGAGAUCAAUGGAACCUUCUCUAUGAAACCAAACCAACAAAAUAAUAGAGAUUUGGAUUUCCAAAUAGACUUGGACUUUAAAGGAGAACUGUCUGAAAUGACAGAAUCCUUAAAGUAUAAAAUGCGCUAGUUACUGUGAUCAAUAGGGACAAUUUAAAUCUGUCUGCAUUGUAAAAGUGAAGCCAUUAGUUUGAGAUCAGUUUUAUAAAUAUAAAUGUAAUUCCCCGGCUUCAAAUACCAUGUACAUGUAUCAUUCAUCAUAUUUUCUUCUAUUAUAAAUGUCAUUUGGAAACUCUGAGAACUUUGUAUAGUGUAUAGCAAUAAGCAUGGAUGCUGUUUUGUCCGUAUAUGUAGGAUAAUGUCCUACCUACGUGAGUCGGCAAACCUCUGACCAGGAAUAUGCUCAAUAGAACAUCAAGAUAUGGUGCGUUAUAUUCCGAUUUCCCCCAAAAAUUGACUGUGCUAAGGAUGUAGCUAUUUCUAAUUUCGAUUGUCCUUGAUAAUAUGUAUGAUUCAUUCAUUCGCUCCUGUCGUUUUACAUCUACUUCCACCAAAGGUGAAAUCGUAACUAUUUCUAAUCUUGAUUGUUCUUCAGGAAUGAUUGAUUGAGUGAUCAACCCUUUUAUAGUGUUCAACACUAAUUAUUAAAUUAACCCUGAUUAAAAAAUGUCGGACAAGCAAAAUUUUGAAACAGCAUCCCUGGUGUAUAGUUAUAGAAGGAAGGGGUGUCAUAAUUUCUGUAUUAAUAAUUUAACAUGUGCCAUCCAGUUUGUGAGAGAGAUAUAUAAACAUGUUAUCUAUUUAAUUGUCAAUGGAUUUUUUAGAUGUAAUUUUUAAAAUGAUUAUAUUGUUGUCUAGCAUUCUAUUAGUUUUGACAGAUACCAUUCUGAGUGUAAAUAGUAGAAUAUCUUCCACUCUUCUUGUUUUGUACAUACAAGUAUGAUCCAUUGGUCCCCCACAAAUAUCCCAGUGAUUAAAAAAUAAUUUUUACAUUCUAGAAUAAAAUUUGGUUAUCAUACAGACGAACGUAUAUGUAAAUAACCAAUAAUUGUUUUAUUAUUUUACAUGUAUGUAAACACAAGUGCUAUAAAAGAAAGAAAAAUCUGCUGGGGUAAAUCAUCAAUAAAUCAUUACAAUAAUCAUUUUCAGCUUUAAUUGCAUAUUGUCAUCUGUCAAACCUCGUGGGUUUUCUCCGGUUUCCUCGCACUGCUAAAGACCCCUACGUGCAAGCGAUUAUUGACAUAUAAUUGAACCAUAUGUUAGUCCCGAAAUGACCUAGUUUGUGUUGAGUGGACUGGACGUUAAACCCAUCUCCCUCUCUUUAUUGCAUAUCAGAGCCAAGAUAGCUCAGUGUCUAAGGCUCACUGACCCUCUAAAAAGGAGUUUUUGAUCCUGGUAUUGGGGUAUUUUUCAGUAUGGUUGCCCAUUGUGAGUGGCGGAGGGCUUUGCUAGGAACAUCUUCUGGUUCUUCAGAUGGGAUAAGAAACCCAAGAUCCUGUGUUGGUGAAGAAAAAAAGGAUGUUUAAAUCCAUUUCAUUCAUUUCAUUCAUCUCAUAACUACUGGUCGCAUAAUUUGAAUUCAAAGAGAUUUUUGAAGACUGUUCGAUCAGAUUUUUUUUCCUAUGCAUUAUUCAAUGUUAAUUCAAAGUAAUAAAAUGUGAUCAAAUUUU